UGAUAAAUACGUCGUCUAUUAACAUUUAAUCGCAAUAGGGAACAGCUGUAAAAUAUCAAUUAUCAAGUCUAAAACGUGUUCAUUUAACUGUGAUAAACUUGACAAAAAUUAGCUGUGAUAAAAUUUCCUUUAAACAUGUCUAACGCAUACACGUGCAUAACAUGCCAGGUGAUCUUCAAAACGGCAGAUUUACAGCGUGAACAUUACAAACUAGAUUGGCACAGGUAUAAUUUGAAAAGAAAAGUCGCAUCCAUACCUCCUUUAACCAUAGAGGAGUUCGAACAGAAGGCAAAAGAGCACAGAGAACAAGCAGAAAAUGCCGAUCGAGAUGAAUCAGUGUACUGCAAAUAUUGCUCAAAGUUUUUCAAUACUAAAAACUCUUAUAACAAUCAUCUUAACAGCAAAAAACAUAAAUUAGCAGAAGAAAAAAGUUCGGUAAAUCAAGGAUCGACCAGUGAAAAGAAAGAGCAAAGACAGUUAGAAAGAGAUGACAGUCACUCAGAUAGUAAUAGUUUUGAAAAAAUCGAAGCGAGUAAAGCUGGCCCUCCUCAACCAGAAAAAUUCGUUGUUGUGAAUGCCGAUGAAGACUCUGGUGAUGAUGAUAUUGAAACAGAUUCAGAAAUUGAAGAGCUUGACUCUGAUGAAUGGGAAGAAUGUCGAAUUAAAGGUAGUGAUUCACUUAUUAAACCUAGGGACUGCUUGUUCUGCGGUCACCACAGUAAGAACAUGGUGAAAAAUCUGAAACACAUGUCUGAGGCUCAUUCAUUCUUUAUUCCUGAUGUUGAGUACUGUUCAGAUGUUAAAGGACUCUUAUUGUAUCUUGGGGAGAAGAUUUCACAAGGAUUUAUGUGUUUAUGGUGCAAUGAAGCUGGUCGUACAUUUUACUCCAUGGAAGCUGCAAGGGCGCAUAUGAUUGACAAAGGUCAUUGUAAAAUGUUGCAUGAGGGCCUUGCAUUAGCUGAAUAUGCCGACUAUUAUGAUUAUAGUGCUUCAUAUCCUAAUCAAGAAGGAGAAAAUAUGGAUGUAGAUGAGGAAGUUGAAGAGCCAGAGACUUUGGAAGGUGAUGAUUUUCAAUUGGUGCUACCAUCUGGUGUUACAGUUGGUCAUCGCAAUCUUAUGAGAUAUUAUAAACAGAACAUAUCUCAAAAUAGCCAAGCUCUAGUUAAGAAAUCUGAUCGUAAACUUCAUAGAGUGCUAGGAAUGUAUCGGGCGUUAGGAUGGGCACCAAAGGAACAAGCAGCAGCAGCCAAGAAAGCUCGUGACAUUCACUUUAUGAAACGUGUGCAAGCCAAGUGGGAGAUGAAAAUGUCUAUCAAAAGCAAUAAGUUCCAGAAGCAUUUCCGUCAACAAGUUAACUUCUAA